UAUCGCAUUAAAUGUCACUAUUCUAACUUUAUUACUCUUUCUUCACCAGUAAAUGAUACAAUCUCUAAGAAGAAGGUAUUUUAUAUAUUACUUCAACAAACGUUCUCCAAAUGUUCAACCAAGUAUCAGACAUCGGUGAAAAGAAAAUCAAAGAUAAAAACGAAACAUGGACAUUUUUCAACGUAACAAGCUACAGAACGUUAAUGCGUUAUUGUAUUUUCGUAAAUAUGUGCAUAGGAUUUGUGCAUUUUAAAAUUGUCUCAUCGAGAUACAUAUCAAAAUUUUUCCAUCAUUUCAUUUUCUUUAUCUCAUUUUCCGCGAUCCUGAUGAUCAUUUUCAGCAUUUGUAUGGUGUUAACCAUAUACAAUGUUAAUUACGUAAUUGAAACCGACGAGUCCAUGGUUUUAUACUGCAAUUUCAUUUUGUUUUUGAGUUCCAUGAUCGUUAUACGUGGUCGCAUUUCAAAUUAUUCUACCGUACGAAUGAUUGAGAAAGUGGAAAAUGUGGCUACUCUGCUGCCACCGAAAACGUUUUGCAAAAUAGCCAAACUAGUGUACGCGAAGGACGUGUUGCUUUUUAUCCUAUUUAUUCUGAGUUUCCUGUUCAGUGUUAACGGAUUUGGAUACAUAAUUGACUGCACCUGCUGGUAUGUGCUUUUGUCGAUGGUAGCGGCAAACGCUUUGUACGCGAACAAUGUGUACGUGUUGAAAGCUUGUUUUGAAAAAAUAAAUGAUUCCUUGGUAAAACUGAACGAAACGGUGAUCAAUGAAGAGCCGCAUUUUUUCAGCAGAGUAUAUCAAUCGCAGGAAAAUCCUGAGUUGCUCAAUCAACUGAGAAAUCUUAAAAAACAACAUUUAAAAAUCACUGUUGCUGUCCGGUUAAUUAACGAGACGUAUAAUAUUCAAAACAUCGGAUCGCUUACGAUGCACUUCAUUAACAUCACGUUUAAUGUGUAUCAUUAUGUGGUACUUUAUACUCAAGAGAAUAUCGUUAUCGUAUGGUUUUCCGAAAUUCAUAUGUCUAUUAUAUAUUAUACUUUCAAUUUGAUUGUGAUUGUUUGGGCCACCGAGACGACUAAGAUCCAAGCCCAGCAGAUUGGUUCUAAUGUUCACCGAAUCGUCGUGAGUACUUUUGACAAACAGACGACGAUCGAGCUAAGAUGA